AGAUACUUCCAACAUCUAAAAACUCUAGAUGUAUCACAUUGUGUUGGGUUAUCAAAUAUGUUCACACCGAUAAUAGCUGGAAAUUUGGUAGAACUCACAAAAUUGAGGAUAAGUAAUUGUAAAAUGUUGACAGAAAUCAUUUGUGACGAAGGAGAUAAGAAGGGGCAUGUAGUGGCUUUCAAUCAAUUGAAGUAUAUGGAGCUUGAUGGUUUGACAAGGUUAAGAUGUUUCAGCUCAUGCGGAUACACUUUGAUGUUCCCUCUCUUGGAAGAAGUCACUGUGAAUAGAUGUCCUAACAUGAAGUUUUUCUCUGAGGGACCAGUUGAGGUGCCAAAACUAGAGAGAGUACAUGUAUCAACAACAACAUGGUUUUGGAAGGAAAAUCUGGACAUCACCAUCCGAAAUAUGUAUGAAGAAAUGGCUAUGGUUGCUGGAGAAGAGUUUAUGAGGCUAUCUGAGUUCCCGGAGAUGAUUGGAAAAUGGCACAACAAACUUAACCCCAUCAAGUCAUCUUGGCAAUUAGAAUCAUUGGUGAUGGAUAAAUGUCCAUCAUUUAUUAGUGCUAUUCCAUCCAAAUUGAUGCUUGUUUUAGACAAUAUGAGAAGAUUGCAAGUGUGCGAUUGUGAGUCACUAGAAGAAAUAUUCGAUCUUGAAGGGCUAGAGGGUAUGGAAAGCACUCGAGUGCUACCUCGACUACGGUUUUUGGACUUAGUCAAUCUACCAAAGUUGAGGCGAUUAUGGAACAAAGAUCUUCAAGAAAUGCUUUGUUUCAAAUUUCUAUGGUGUCUAACCCUUUACAAUUGCAGCAACUUGGGAAAUGCUUUCACUCCAUCAAUGGCUCGGUGCCUUGCCAAUCUUGAAUGGAUGGAGAUAAAGGAGUGUGGUGAAAUAGAAGGAGUAAUCGCAAAGGAAGAAGGGCAGGGAAGCGUGGUGGAGAAGAUUACAUUCCCGAAACUUAAAUGGAUGAAUUUGGAAUGCUUGCCUAAUUUAACUUGUUUCCUCUUAGGGAAGAAUCAUAUGAUGGAUUGUCCCUACUUAGAAGAGAUGACAAUUGCCCACUGCCCCAAGAUGAGAAGUUUGAGUUGGCAAUCUUGGAUGGAGAUUGACCACACUCCUUCACUUUUCACUACGCGGGUACAAUUUCCUUGCCUUCAAUCAAUGGUUCUCUCCCAUAUGGACAACUUAAGCAAAAUAUGGAACUUUCGUCCUCAAGAAAUUCUCACUUUUAAACAUUUGCAGAAAGUGGAGGUACAAAACUGUAAGAACCUCAAAAAUUUGUUUCCGUAUUGGGUGGCUACAAGUCUAACCCAACUUAAGGAACUUCGGGUGGAGUCUUGUGGACUCAAGGAAAUAGUCACGAGUGGAGAUGAUACUCCAUGCCCUAUCACUACUCAAUUUCUUAUCCCGGAACUGACUUCUUUGGUGUUACAUGAUAUGCCACAACUCAAGAGCUUUUGCUCUAUCAUGUCCACUUUGAAUUGGCCAUUCUUGAUGGAAUUGCGAGUGACCCACUGUGACAAAUUGAACAUGUUGUCUUUUGUGGCAUCCAUGAAUAAGUGGACUCAAAGGGAUGAUCAACACCACCUUUUAGACCCUGAAGCACACAUCUCGAUUGAGAGGGGCAUUCCCACUUUGGAGAGACUUUUAUUAGUCGAUAAGGAUAUUCAGAUGAUACAGAAUAGAAAAUUUUCCGAUGACAUCUUUGGCAAGCCAAAAGCACUAACAUUGGCAUGCUUUCAUGAUGAAAAUGCCGUCUUUCCUCCCAUAUUCAUCCUACAAAGAUUUCAAAACCUACAAAGCCUUGAGGUCUUUUGUAGUUCAUUUGAAGAUUUAUUCCCUGAUGAAGGGCUUGUUGAAGUGGGAAAACAUCCCGUGCUUGAAAAUUUGAAAGAACUUAAGUUAAGCAAGCUACCCAACCUAAAGCAUGUCUGGAGAGAAGGCUAUUUGGUGGCAAAAAUUCUUCAGAGUAUUAGCAUAUUUGAGGUGUGGGAUUGUCCUAGUUUGACAACAUUAUUUCCAGUCGUGACAUCCUUCCAAAAUUUGACGAACUUAGUGGUGAAGAAUUCUUCUAGAUUGGUACAUCUAUUGAAAGUUUCAGCAAUCACAAAUUUGAUGCAUCUCACUUACAUAACUAUAAUUGGAUGUGAAAGAAUGAAAGAAGUAGUCGCAAAUGAUGAAAAUGGAGAAAGAAAAGUGAAUUCUCUUGGGAAGCUUAAAGAUUGA